AUGAUAUCCACAAGACAAAUUUUAUCAAAAUCUAAAAGAUUAUCAAAUGUUUUACAAAAACAACAAGUAGUUAGAGGUAUUUCAACAAGUUGUAUUUUUUCAAACAACAGCAACAAUAGCAAUAGCAAUAGCAACAUCAACAGUAAUAAUAAAUCAAUUACAAGAUUAAGUAAUUCAAUUAAUAUUAAAAGUAAUUUUGAAAAGGUUAUUUUUAGAAAUUAUUCAAGUGCAAUUAAAUUUAAUUUAGCAGAUGUUGGUGAAGGUAUUGCUGAAUGUGAAGUUUUAGUAUGGUAUGUUAAAGAAGGUGAUCAAAUUAAAGAAUUUGAUAAAUUAUGUGAAGUUCAAAGUGAUAAAGCUACCGUUGAAAUCACUUCAAGAUACGAUGGUAUCGUUACAAAAAUCUGUCAUAAAAUUGGUGAUAUGGCAAAAGUUGGUGAACCAUUAGUUGAAAUCACACCAGAAAGCUCAAUUGCCGAAAUAAAAUUAAAUGCUGGUCCAGCUUCUCAAGUUACUGUUACACCACCAUCAGUAUCAGUAUCAUCAUCAUCAUCAGUAUCAUCAUCAGUAUCAUCAUCAGUAGCAUCAUCAUUAGAUCACGAAUAUGAUAUUACAAAGAAAAAUGGUCAAAAAUAUAAAGUGAUGGCAACACCAGCAGUACGUAACUUGGGAAAAUUGAAAUCAGUGGAUUUGAAGCAAAUUCAAGGUACAGGUAAAGAUGGCCGUAUUUUAAAGGAAGAUAUUUUAAAUAGUUUAAACGCAGAAGCAAAAUCAAAAACUCAAUCGAUUCCAAUCGCUAAAGAAGUUAUCACAACUACAACCACAACCACUACCACAACCACUUCAGCAGCUGCCAAAGAAACUAGAGUACCAAUCACAGGUAUUAGAAAGAUUAUGGUCAGAUCAAUGAAUGCCGCAUGUUCAGUACCACACUUUGGAUUCACUGAAGAAUAUAUAAUGGAUUCACUUUCCGAUUUAAGAAAUAAAGUGAAACCACUCGCUGCAGAAAAAGGUAUCAAAUUAUCUUAUUUGCCAUUCAUAAUUAAAGCAGCUUCAUUAUCAUUAUUAAGAUAUCCAGUUUUAAAUUCAAGUAUUUCUCAAGACCAAACUGAAAUUAUUUAUAAGAAUUAUCAUAAUAUUGGUAUUGCAAUGGAUUCACCACAAGGUUUAUUAGUACCAAAUAUUAAAAAUGUUGAAAGUAAAUCAAUUUUUGAGAUUGCAAAAGAAUUGAAUAGACUUCAAGAAUUGAGUGGUAAAGGUCUUUUAACACCAAAUGAUAUGAGUGGUGGUACAUUCACAUUAUCAAAUAUAGGUACUAUUGGUGGUUUACAUAGUUCACCAGUUUUAUUAUUACCAGAGGUUUGUAUUGGUGCCAUUGGUAAAAUUCAAUCAUUACCAAGAUUUAAUAAACAUCAUGCUGUCAUAACACAAAGUAUUAUGAACAUUAGUUGGUCUGGUGAUCAUCGUGUUAUUGAUGGUGCUACUAUGGCAAGAUUUUCAAAUGCAUUAAAGGAUUAUCUCGAAAAUCCUUCAACUAUGAUCAUGGAUACUCGUUAA